AUGGCUGGAAUACUAGCCCUUGUAGCGUUCAUAGUUGCGGAGGCAGCGAGUUGCAGUUUCGGGUGCGGCCGGGGAGCCUUCUCGUUCUUCGAGUUUGUCACCAUCACCUCCUUCCUGGUGGUUCUUGUCAUUUUCCUCUGCAUGGUCACGACAGCGUACCAAAAAGUCACCAUAGUCCACUGGCCCCUCACGGAGCUGAUCACAUGUAUAGUGUGCGUUCUGGCGUAUCUGAUUGCCUCCAGUGUUCUGGCAGCUAAUGUUAAUGACGGGGCGGGUGGUGGUGCAGUGGGCUUUGGUUUCUUGUCCCUGCUGGCAUUCGUAGCCGGAGGGUACUUUGCAUUCCGAGAGUGGCAGGACGAGGCGAGGCCGCGUCUUCCCGUGAACAGGAGGGGGAACUACGUGCCGGCGGAGGAAAAUGAGGAGAACGAAGACUUGUAA